AUGGCCGACGCACUUCCUCCUGUCAGGCAUGGUCGGCUGGUACAUCUAGCUGGACUGUUAAAAACUGGGCGAAUUGAGCUCAAGCUUGCUUCUCAGUGGGUGCAAAAGCAUUUCUUGUUGCUAUUAGCUUUUGGAGCAUCCACAGUAUAUCGAACGUGGCUUACUACGCCACUGAAUGGCUUAUUGCGGUGGGUAGGCGGAAUUUAUUAUUAUUAUCAAGCCUACUGGCUGGUGAACAUUUACACGUUCAAAGACAUACAAAAAUGUAACUCAAUCUUGGAAAACGUAAAAGGUUGGGAACCGGGGUAUGAUUUCUGGGAGAUGCGUAACGAUCAAUGGUGGCUUUAUAUGUCCUGCCUAGGAAAUGACGCUGGCUGGUCGAAGAGAUUGUGGGAUAAUGUGGAUGCGAUUUACGAAUCAAUCAAUAGAAUAUCUGAUAUUUUCAUGCCGGAUUGGCGUACGGACCAACGGGUGUUAGCAUACACAGUUCCAAUAAAUGUAAUUCUUGUGGGUUUGUAUGGACUAAUUGUUAGAGAAGGUUUGUCUGAGUGGAUGUGGUAUCCAACGAUUCUUGCCACGAACGCACUCAUAAACCACCUGCUUUACGGAGGCCUCCUUAUGUACCUUGGCCACAUUUUACCCAGCCUUGUUCCGUUAGUCUUUUGGCAUGGGCUUCAAUAUGGCGUACCGGCUUUCUUGAUAAUUCAUAGACUAGAAUGGAUACCUUUGCGUGCUGCAUCAAUGAUCUUUGACCGUCAGAGAAGGUUGGCCGCUGCUGGACGUGAUUUGGAAAACGUUCAGGAUCAGCAAGAUUUAGAAGAGUUGGCUCUUAUUCUGUGGUGGCGAGGAGGUUUAUUACGUCUUGCUCGUCUCGAAAUUGCUAAAAUGAUUGUUCGAUGUUCGAAUGUAUUAAAACUGCUUCUGGAUGCGUGUCGGUCUCUUUGGGUCUUUUGCAAAACACGAUUGAGUUUGAGGAAGCGAGUCGCAGAUCUUGAACAUCAAAUAACCGUCAUUGAACAGCGACUAAGUAACGCUAUAGAGAGCCGAAAUGGUUGGAGGAGGAGGUUUCUGCAAAUGCUGAGAUUGCGAAAUGAAUGUGUAGGACUUCAUCACCAUUUUGAAGUUCAAGAUGAGAAAAUACGUGGAUUGGAGCGACAGAGGGAUGAGAAACAGGUUGCAUAUGAUGAACUGUUAGUAAAAUUCAACGCAUCACGUCAAGCUUCGAGUGCUUUGAUAUUAGCGGGGGGUCCAGCUAGAGCGACAGAAAAGUUGCUUGGAGUGGCUGUGUACACGAGAGAUUUGCACCGUAAACAGAUACAAAAUCUUGUUUCUUCGUUCAUAGAAGCUGGUGCUGAGAUGGCCAUACUCAAAGAUAAAGUCAAAACGUUGGAAGAGGAUCUCAAAAUCGUCAACAAUGGUAGGGCGACAAUGUUGUGGCGAGAGACGGCGCAAGAAAAUCUUGAAUUGAGGAGACAUGCACAGGAAGAGAUUUUGGAACGAGAUGUGACAAUUAAACGUUUGAGGGACGAUCGAGAUGAAAGUGCUGUAACAUCACUUGGUUUGGAUUCUAGAGGACAACAAAUCUUGCGAGAACUGCAAGAGAGGUUGAUUAGUGCGGAGGUUGACCUCGCCCAUUCCGAAAUGAUAGUUGAAAAAUCGAAGUUUGAUAAAGUCAAACAUGAAGAAGAGAUGGAACAAAUCAAGAGAGAUGCAUUAUAUGGGGAGUCUGAGCGGUUGGGGGAGCUCUACACGGAUGCAAUCAUCCAGGCUACUGAGCUGACCGAAGAGCUCAAGAGGUUUGAAUUUUCUACAGAUCCGGAAUGUGAUAUCGAGGCUGUUCAACGUCACUGUAAUCAAGAAAAGGAAAAAUUGCAACGAGAGAUUGCAAUCAAGAACGUGCAGAUAUCUACAUUCAAGGCACAAAUUGACCACGCGAUGGGCUCUAUGAACUGGGCUGAUAAUAGGUUUGAGCCUCUGGACAAGUAUUUUGGUUUUAUACCUGGCGCAAAAGACGAGAUCAGACGCUUGUCGAUCGCACUUGAGAAGGCUCAUUUCCAAAAUAUAGUACCUCAAGCACCCGAAAUGGCGAAUCAACUGCGUUACUUGGAAAAUUUGACUGCCGAAAAGAACCAUUUACUUGACGAAAGACAAAGUUUUCGAGUGAUUCUAGCCGAGCUCUCGCAGGGUAAAACUCAGAAUGAAGCGGAACUGGUCAGAUUGAGAGAUAGAGUGGCUCGGAGGAACACACAAGUGACAAAUCUGAAGACACUAAAUACGGAGCUGCAGCUCCAACUCAGAGAAGCACAAGCGGCAGCACCACCAGUAGGAGAAGCGCUGAAUAUUACUGGAAUAGCGGCUCCCAUUCUGGCAAUUUAUGCAAGAAACCUUCUAGCCUUGAGGAGAGAAAUGCAAGAAAGGGGUAAAGAGAUACCAGACAUCCCAGAUAUUCCGGGAGCUCAUGGCAUUGCAUGUGUAGAAGGAGAGCCUCUAGAAAUCUCUAUAUUGAGGAUUUCCAACCAGCUUACAGGCAUAUUCCACGAUCUAUCUAGGUUGGUAAGAGAGAGUGAUCCUCCAUGGCUAGGAGCGACAGAUGACUGGGUGGAUGAUAAUACAGACAGUCCGGAGAAUUUGAAUGCGCGUAGGCUCAGUUGGAUAUUGAAAUUGAAAGACAUUUGGGAUUAUAUCGGAACAUUAAAUGACGACACCAUUCUUUUCGUCCGCGAAAUCUGCCAAAAAUUUGGCAUAGAACCUGGGUUUGAACUACCGGAGAGACCCCAGUCUCCAUCGCCUCCACCUUCCCCAACUCCAUCUCCGCCGCCUCUCCGUUCUAGGGAUAGAGAUCUAUUUCCAGCACUAUUCACACAUUAUGAGGUAUUCGAUAUCGAGAGAUGGAAUGUACUUCCACACGAUCAAGAAAAUAUUACUCCUGCUUUCAGUGUCAUAUCGGCGUUGCAACGAUCCAUCCAAGAACAAUUACCAGAUCAUGAUGCAGGCGACCUUGAGCCCAUUGAAUUUAAGCGUCACUUAGCAAGAACACUAGGUAGAGAUGUCAACUUCCUGAUCGACCCAAUUCAUGAACGCGACGUGGCUGAAGCUCUAUAUAAAAUCAGUAAUUCAUUUGUUCUGAAGACUGUUACACAAUUUCCUCGACGAGAUGGUGGCUUCAAAUAUCUAUCCCGGGAAAUUCUGUAUCCGAAUACCUUGGAGGUGACUCUACCAAAAACGGUCGUUGUGUUGUAUUUAUCGGGUAAUAUUUGGCAGGGGAUGAGCUUGAAGCCAGUUGAGUCUGAGCAUGAGUCUGACAGCGGAUCUGAUCUUCAAGCCCCUCCACGGGAUCCACGCUUAUUUACGCUGAUGGAAUUCGAUUUGACAGACUGGAAAGUAGAUCAUGUUGUCGACAGGUGGACAAUUCCUGGACAGGCUGUUUUACGUGAAGGUCUAUCUUCAAUAAGUGCAGUGGCAAAUUCCUUGCACUGGCAGUAUCCAGGGAUUUUAUGGAAUAAUAUAAGGGCAAACGAGGCCUAUGAGGAUCUCUUUGACAGAUUCCAGAGAGCUCAUCCACACCACGAGGAAGAUUAUUUUCAGGAGCAUGUUCAAGUGGUGUUAGAUGGUAUACUAGGAAAUGGAGCUAACAGACCACAUUACAGGCUCGCAGCCAUUACUCCACACGAUGUAGCUGCUGGAGAUUCUAGGUUUUUUGUGAGUAUUUAUGGGGGCGAUUCAGAGAGUCCUUUGCUUUACGUAGUUUGCCAACCGCAAAUUGGGUGGAGGGGUAUGCGGAGGAGGCGGGAUGGCGAUUCUGAAGGCUUUCUUGAGGAUUUAGAAUGGGGCUUCUCAGUCCAGCAGCUACGAGCCGAAGAGAUACGAGCCGUAGAGCUGCCAGUCGGAGAGCUACCAGCUGAGAGGCUACCAGCUGAGAGGCUACCUGCUGGGAGUCUACCAGCCAACCCUAUUGUGAUUGAUGAGCCAGUCGAGGCACCACCAAUACUACCAGCUGUCAUUUUGCCCAGGAUUGAGAAUUAUGGCAGAAAUUCUAUCAAAGCCCCAUUUAACAGAGAUGGAUGGACUUUUAAUGUCGAUCUAGAACAUUUCAACGAAGGCUUGAGACGUGGUGGUAAUCGAACACCCUGGAUACAUAAUUGCGCCCCACGAGCAUUGUAUUAUUCAAUCCGCCAUCAACGUCCCAACUAUUUGCGAGGUAAUCUCACUCCAGAAUCAGUAUUGCAAGCGUUCGAUGAUGUUUUUCCCCGACACGAAAAUUCUUGGAAAGACGAAGAAGUCGCUAGAAUACUCAGAGGAUAUCCGACACUGGGGGGAUAUGAACUUGCCAUUGUCAAUUGUGUGACUCGUGCCGACGGUACUAUCAUUGUUUUAGCUUGGUCCCAACCAAGUGGAUACAAUCCUGCAAGUGACAACUUAUUGUUUGUUGCGUCAGUCAGUGAUCGACGAAUAGGAUACUGUCAGGAAGAUGAUAGACACCAUUGGGUGGGUAUGAGAUAUCGGGAUGGCGAAGCAAUUCCAAAUCCUCGGUUGUUCAGACCCCAACCAGCCAUCCCUCCUCCCAAGCCCCCAAAAUCAAAAUUCAUGCCUCUGCUGAAUGCAGCGACAAGCAGUCAAGGGUCAAAGAAAACCCCUGUGUUCAAGAGUAGUGCAUCUACUUGGUCUAAUUUCGAUAGUUCGAAAAGCUUUGUGUCCCAGUCUGGUCAAAAAUGGGUUCCACCGGCCACUCCACCCACGAAUCUUCCUAUAACCAUGAUACCCUCUGUUCAAACUGGGCAACACUUUGGUACUGCCGUGCAACAACAGAAUCAGCCAGCACCACCAAGUUUACAACCCGCUCCAUCAUCCUUCAAAAUGCAAUAUUGGUCACCAUUUGGUACGGCUGCACAGCAACAGCAACAACUACCAGGUUUGAACCCUCAUACAUUGCCUGUUCCUUUUGGCGAACUGUUCGUUCAUCCCACCCCGUUACAGCAACAGCCGCCACAGCAAGGUCAAAAUGCACAGGAACAAGUAGGUUUUGGUAUGAAUAUCGCUAGUAGGAAUGAACAAAUGGAACUCGCACGUAAAAUUCAAGCGGAACAGGGCCGUGGAGGUAAACAUUCAAAGAAGGAUAAGGAGCCCAAGAAAGUACUUGGAAUGGACAAGGAAACGGGAAUAGGUAGGGGGAAGAAAGGAGGUAGAGGAAGAGAUAGAAGUAGAGGGGAGGAUGGAGGGAGCGGACAGAAAGAAGAUGAUAGCGGUGCUGGAGGAGGAGGAGGAGGCGGCGGAAGUAGUGGUGUUGCUGGUAAUGAUUGGGAGGAUGAAAUCUGA